GCCAUACGCUGUCACAACCAUCAAAAUCUUUGCAAUUAGAGUCUUAGAGAAUUAGACUUCUCAACAAUUAGUUUACCUUAAUUAAUCGCUGACAUGGCCGACGGAAUGAAGCCCGUUGCUGGUUUCCUUCUCCUCCUCAACUUCUGCAUGUACGUCAUCAUCGCCGCAAUUGGAGGCUGGGCUCUUGACUUCGCUAUUGACCACGCAUAUCCAAUUGGGCCUGGAGAUACUGGGGUUGUGCCACCGGACCAUUACUCUCCGGUGUUCUUUCCGAUAGGGAACGCCGCCACCGGAUUCUUCGUGACUUUUGCGCUGAUCGCUGGUGUAGUUGGCGCUGCCUCCGCCAUUGCCGGAGUAAACCAUAUACGGUCCUGGAACUCCGAUAGUUUACCGGCCGCAGCCUCGUCGGCGAUCAUCGCUUGGACUCUAACCCUCAUAGCAAUGGGUCUGGCUUGCAAGGAGAUUGAUCUAAUGGGUCGAAACGCAAAAUUGAGAACAAUGGAGGCGUUUGCUAUCAUUCUUUCGGCGACCCAGCUUAUUUAUAUUCUAGCCAUACACGGAGCAUCAUCUGCUAUAGUAGUAAGAUCGAGGGUUUGAAACACUACGCAGAGUUGCGAGAAUUAUGGGAUUGUGUGCGGUUCUCCUUUGAUUUUAUGCAUCUUGCGGUUUGUUUAUAUUCUUUGAGUGACGGUCAUUUGGAUUGAUUGGAGUUGUAAAGUGUGAUAUUGGAGAAAGAGAUAUUUAAAAGCACGUGUUUGUGCUUUGUUUUA